CUUUUGCAGUCGCCCCUUUCCCCUUUUCCUCAUACUCUCGCUUUUGUUCGAAUCCAAGUUAGACUCGAACUUUGAGGGAGAGUUAUAUAGCUGAAGUAGGGCGUAGUCCUAAUUAAAAGAAGCCUACAGCCCAUCAGAUUGCGAUUAUAGAAACAGAUAGCUGAAGAGGAAAAGAGAAAGGGAAAAGAGAGAAGAGAUACCAGGUUACUAUGCAAUCCAUGGAUCAAGAUUGAGAUGAUUGAGUGGACAGAUGACUUGGGGCUGUUUAUAUUAAAGGGUUAUGGCAAUUCAUUGAAUCAUUGCAUGGGAGUGCCAUUACUCGAAGAUGUUGUGCGAUCUAUGGAGCAGGCUAUCCAAUCUAAAGAAGAAUUUCAGCAAAUACAGAUCCCUCCAAAGCCUCCACAAAGGAGAAAUUGGAAGGGCAGCAUUGUGGCGUCUUUUGCUAGCACUGACAUGCUUGCAACGAAUACUUCAAGCAAGUAUUUUGUGCAGGAAUUGCAUAAUGAGCAACUCAGUCUGUUGACUGUAUGGCUUUUCGUCUCACUCAUUUUGUUGCCUGGUUGUGAAUGUGAUGGUUCUGAGUUCUGCCCAUUUGAGAUUUUAAGGACUAAUGUCAUCCUCUCAAAUGCUUCGUUGGUGCGACUCAUUGUCUCAUGCUUAGGCUGCUCCUCGUUGAAGAAUGAUUGUACCAUGCUAUGCACUGUGAAGCUGGAUAAACAGGAGGCUAAAACUGCAACGAGCUUGACUUUCAUGAUUUUCAGCCACGAGUCCCACGAUCAGCUCUGCCUAAUGUACAUAGCGGAGUUCUUUGUUUGAAUGCUCCUAACACUUUUGUUUCGAUUCCUAGCUAUAUCUUCGCUCGUUUUCUGUAGUAGGUGACGUUUAUGGUAGACUAGAUAAUUGAGAGAAUAAUUUCAAAGUCGCCAUUUUUUUUUUUUUUUUUUUUGGAAGACUUUGUAAAGUUUGAGGAUCUCAAAAGAGCAAAAGCAUAUAGCAUCAAAAUUGUUAAUCAUACUUUUAAUAAGAAAAAUAAUAAAAAGCUACUAG